AUGGAUAAAACACCAGCGCCCAUAUUUCGCCGCAAAAAUAUCCAUAUACCCUCCUCGGCGCUGCCUUCAUCAUCGCCAUCCUUCGCGACCCCGGUGCACCCAUUGAAGCCAUUCAAUGUGAAUGCCCCCAAAGCCGGCAUCCUCCCGAUUAUACUCCCGCCCGCGACGUUGCGACCUCUUGCUUUUCGAACAUUCACCAAGAAGCAUUCUUUAACCCUCACCUCUUCCGCGCUACAAGAGCUGGCCUCAUUUAUCGGCCGACACUGCGGAUCAGGAUGGCGCGAAGACGGUCUUGCGGAAAGGGUGCUGGAGGAGGCAGCUAGAAGCUGGAAGAAUCGCAAUGGCGGCGCCAUUGUUGACGGAACAAGCAAAGAGCUUCAUGAGAUUCUGAAAACACUAGAAGGAAAUAUGAGUGGUGGCAAGCUCGUCGGCCCAGCAAGAGGACUGCCCCGAGGCGACAGCAUGCUCGAUGUCAACCCUGGCGACUCAUUCAAUACUCGACUCGGCUUGCGCCCGACAGGACUGAUAAGAGAGGAUAGUAACACUAGCUUUGGAAUGUCCGGUCUCGGUGUGCAAGAAGGAGAGCAGGAAGACGACGAGACAAACGACCCUCGCGGGUGGCUUCGAGUUAUUGACGCUUUUGAGCAACCGCGACUUUAUUAUAACCUUGGAAAGAAGCAUUUUGAGAGGGACACGACAAAACCAUCACUCCUGCCACAAGCCUCACAUAAAACGGCAACCUUUCGCAGCCGAUAUCAUGUCAUUCACCAACGACUCCUCCGCAACGAAUCCUUCCAAGCCUCUACCGUCUCCUCUUCUCGAUCUCGCGAAUUACAAAGAACAUCCUCGAACCCGCAAACUCUAAAAUUAACACCAAUUGCGAACAUGCUCGGACGCCACGGCAGCAACCACAUGCUUCUCGGGCAGCUCAAUAUCUUGCCCACCGGUGAACUGGCCAUUAGUGAUUUGACAGGCACCAUCAUGCUGGAUCUCAAGCAGGCAAUCGCCAUCCCUGAAGACUCUGCCUGGUUUUGCCCAGGCAUGAUUGUUCUUGUAGACGGUGUAUACGAGGAAGAGGACGAGUCCGUGGGCAAGGGUUUGAGUGGCAGCAGUGGUGUCGGAGGCACACUCGGCGGCCGCUUCCAAGGCUUCUUCAUCGGACAGCCCCCGUGCGAAAAGCGAAAAGCGACCCUGGGAAUCACAGGCCCCGAGGAAACGGCAGACCACACCAUCGGCGGAGGCUUUGGCUGGAUCGACUUUCUCGGCGUGGGCAGUGAGCGCGCCGUGGGCCAAAAGAUGCGCCGCCUAGAGCGCCGCCUGCUCGCACCGCCGCCGGCAUCGUCCUCUCUCGACGACGAUGCCGGUGCUGUCGGCCCGUCCCGCGGCCGUGCCGUAGUCAUUGGCGAGCUCAACCUCGACCAGCCGCGCGCGCUGCAGGCGCUGCGCAAGAUCCUCGCACUCUACGCCGCCGAGCCUGAGGGCUGCGCGCCAGUCACGUUUGUGCUCGCGGGCAACUUCACGCAGCAGGCGGUCCUGGCGCGGGGCGGCAGCGGGGGCAGCAUCGAGUACAAGGAAUACUUUGACGCGCUGGCCUCGACCCUCGCCGACUUCCCGACGCUGCUGCAGGCGUCGACGUUUGUCUUUGUCCCUGGCGACAACGACGGCUGGGUCUCGUCGUUUACGGCCGGCGCGUCGGCGCCGCUGCCGCGCAAGCCCGUGCCCGACAUGUUCACGUCCCGCAUCCGCAGGGCCUUUGCGACGGCCAACGCCGAGGCGGGCGGCAGCACGGCGGCGCACCACGGCGUCCAGGGCAGCGCGGUGUGGGCGUCCAACCCGAGCCGCAUCAGCCUCUUCGGACCGAACCACGAGCUCGUGCUCUUCCGCGAUGACAUAUCGGCGCGCCUGCGCCGCACCUCGGUGCGCUUAAAGAAGCAGAGUGGCGGUGCGGCGGCCGCCAUCGCCGAAGAGCAAGAUGCCACCACGGAUCCAAACCCCGAUGCCCAGACCCUGCCCGACGAAGACGUGCCAGCCCCGGACUCUAUGGACGUGGACAAUGACGACGCUGCUGGACCUAGAAGCCACCAGCCGCCGCCGCAGCCCACGCAGGAAGAGCCCACGGUGACGACGACGACGACGUCGCUGCCGCAGGACGUGCACUCGGCGCAGAAGCUCGUCAAGACGCUGCUCGACCAGGGCUACCUGUCGCCGUUCCGCACGGCCGCGCGGCCCGUCCACUGGGACUUUGCGUCGGCGCUGCACCUGUACCCGCUGCCUACGGCCAUGGUGCUCGUCGACGCCUCAGCGCCGCCGUUUUGCGUCACCUACGAGGGUUGCCACGUCAUGAACCCGGGCACCGUGCUCGUGCCUGGCAAAAAGGGCGUGGGCCGCUGGAUCGAGUACGAGAUGGGCCAGCUGGGCAGGCUGCGAGAGUGUACGUUUUAA